AUGAAGUUUUAUUCUUUUCUUCUCUCCCUUUUUCUUUCCGCCAUCAUUGGCGUUUUUGCUGAUAACUCUCCCGACUUCACUUUAAGAGUUUAUGCUCCGGAUACUAAACUAGAUGGUUUCAAUUUGUUUCUAAAGGAUGAUGGCAAACUCUAUAUGUCUGCCACUGCUGAUGUUUGCACAGCUCAUAUUUAUGAGAAUGGUACUUUGAUUCUUGGAGGUCAAGUCGUCGGUGAUGGUAGAAACUACUUGUCUACAGCUGCUUAUUCUACUGCUUGGAAACCUGCAUCCAACUGGACUGUUGUUGAUGGAUUUCUUGAGUUGUACAAUGACACCUAUUUUCACGCUAUUCCUGAAGGAACUGUUGAUGGUCUUUACGUUUUGGGUACUGGAAAUGCUAUUUCUUCUGGUGAUGAUAUUACUGAAAUUCAAAUCAUCCCUGUAGAACUGGAAACUAAUUAUAUUAUUCAGGAAUGGCCAGUUGAAGCUGGUAUCAAUGCUUUGGGUUCUUCAGUUCUUUAUACGCAGACGUUUUUUGCUUAUAUGACGGCCUCGUCUACUGUGGCAUCUACUUUAGCCACAGUUGCCGCUAGUGUUUCUGCAUCUGCUUCAUCUACUUCAUCCGCUUCUACAACUAUUUCUUCUGGUGCCGCUGUUAAUCUUAGUGUUCAAAGUAACGCUGGGCUUUUUGCUGGUCUCAUGGGACUGCUGUUUGCUAUGUUUUAA